GACUUGGCCAAACGGGUCACCCACAAACUCUGCGCGGGGCCCGAAAUAUAUACUCGUGAUUGGCAGCGGUGCGUAACAUCGGAGCGGACACUUUUGGAAACUUCCAGCAGAGUGAACAUUAAACAAGGAUGAAGCCGACGGGUCUGCUCAUACUGGCUUCUGUCAUUGUGUGGAACUUGACAACGUCCAGUGGUCAGGGGGUGCCCACUGUGGAUGAGACAGACCCACGGAUCAUUGACGACUUCAUCCUGCAGAGAGCAGAGAGCCUGCUCUUGCGAUCCCUCCUCAGAAAGAUGCAGGAUGAAGACGACACCGACGGUGGACUGCUAUCCCAGCCUGAGUGGUUGUCUAAACGACAGCAUCCCGGGAAGAGGUUCAGCGAAGUUCUGGAGAAGCGGCAGCAUCCAGGGCGGAGGGACGAGGAAGAGGACGAGGAGGAUGAGCCCGACUUGGACAUCCAGCGGAGGCAACAUCCGGGCAAACGCGAAGAUGAAAUGCACUCGUUCGUGGAGUUCCAAAAAAGACAACACCCCGGAAAGCGGUCCACAGUUGAGAAUCCCAUGACACUGCUCGGUGAAAUUACCAAGCGGCAACACCCGGGAAAGCGAUACUUGCUGCUGCAGAGCAAGAGGCAGCAUCCAGGUAAGCGACACCCCGAAGACGAGGACGGAGAUGUGGGCUGGGAUGGAGAGGAAGACCUGGCGCUGAUGGAGAAGCGACAGCAUCCCGGUAAGCGAUUUUGGGACAACUCGAAUCCUGCUUUGGGUACAAGCAGUCCCUGUGAUCUAUUGGACCCCACGAGCUGCAGCAAGACCAGUCUGCUGCUCGACUUUUUAGACAACCUUAACAAGAGCCACACGGAGGAGAAGAGACAGCACCCUGGGAAGAGGUUUGCAGAGGACUGAUCGCUGAUUUACUCUGAAUAUUUACGUGUACAAUAAUAACAAAUGAAAAAUAAAAUAAACAAUUUGACUUUACGUGUUACAUAUUUUUUCCUUCGGACAACGUGGGCAUGAUUGUCCACUAAAAUGUUGGAAAUUAUAUUUUGUUAAGAGCCAGAUGUUGACCUGAUAUUUAAAGAAAUAGUCGAGCAAUUGUGAGUAAACUGUAUGUUUGUAGACAAGGAACGUGACAGCUUUAUUUUAGAGUUGAUGCCUCUGUGAAGCAUCAUGUUUGUUUGGUUAAAUAAAUGAAUUUA